AUGGAGUUGACGUCGGCGUUUGGUUACCUGAUUUACGCAGGAUGCUUUGCAGCUACCUUGUCGUCGGCCAUUGCCACUCUGGAAGGUGCACCAAGGGUUCUCAUGGCCCUGUCAAAAGAUAAACUCUACCCAGGGAUUGGAAUUUUCGCCAAAGGCCAGGGUGAAAAUAACAGUCCUGUUCGUGGAUACAUCCUCUGCUUCAUCGUCGCCAUCGGCUGGACACUCAUCGGCGAGCUGAAUGCGAUCGCGUCACUUUUGGUGAAUUUCUACAUGGCCUCUUAUGGUAUGGUGAAUUUCUCCGUGUUCCACGCCAGCAUCAGCCGCUUCCCCGGGUGGAGACCGGCCUUCAAGUAUUACAAUGCAUGGGUGAGCCUGUUGGGAACGCUCCUGUGUGCGGCCGUCAUGUUCAUCAUUCAAUGGGAUCUCGCCCUGAUCACAUUCGCCAUCAUCGCCGCCCUCUAUCUCUACGUCUCCUAUCGGAAACCAGACGCGAACUGGGGAUCGAGUACUCAGGCGCAGACGUACAACAGCGCCCUGAAACACGUGUCGGAAUUGAAUCGGACGGAGGAACACGUGAAGACAUAUCGACCACAACUCCUCGUCUUAUCCGGAUUCCCCAGAGAUCGCCAUCCUCUCAUGGACUUUGCUCAUUCCAUCACCAAGCACAGCUCUCUUCUCAUUGCUGGCGAUGUCGUCAAGGAUUCGCUGAAACUGUCGGCCAGGAUGGCUCGGACAGAAUCCGCUCGACGAUGGCUCCAGCGGAACAAAAUCCGAAGUUUCUAUACGUUGAUGAACAGUGAUAGUUUCCACGAGGGUGUGAGGGCGUUGAUUCAGUGCUCGGGAGUGGGGAAACUCAGGCCGAAUGUUGUUCUCAUGGGGUUCAAACGAGACUGGCAGACCUGUGAUCGCCAUCACCUACAAGAGUAUUUUCAGAUCAUCCAUGAUGCUUUCGAGAAUCACAUGGGCGUGGCCAUCUUGAGGGUGAAGGGCGGACUGGACUAUUCCAGUCUGGUUGAGGAGAUCGGGAUUUUAGAUGGCGCAGCGGCACUGAAGUCCGGUCCUACCGGUGACUCUAAGAUCUUCAAUGAUCCGGCAACCGAGGUGACGAGCGCGGAGCCUCUGGCCAAAAGAGACUCUACCGGCAGCGUAAACGACGAACACGAUACAGAGGAGGAGUUAACCGACGGGGUCUUAACGGGUGAAGAGAUUGAAGGUUCCCCUGGUCUGGGUGAGAAGAAGAAGAAGAAGAAAAAAAAGGCGGCGGCGGUGGAAUAUCGCAGUCCUGGUGGGUACCCCCUAGCAAAGGACAUCUUGCAUGCCAUGACUCAAUUCCAACAGAAGCAGAAGAGGGGACGAAUCGACGUCUGGUGGCUCUACGACGACGGUGGUUUGACGUUAUUGCUGCCGUUCAUUCUGAAGACCCGGUCGCAGUGGAGUGGAUGCAAACUGCGAGUCUUCACGUUGGCCUCUGUCAAGGGCGAGUUGGAACAGGAGCAACGGAGCAUGGCGGCAUUGUUGAGCAAGUUCCGAAUCAACUACAGUGAUGUAAUUGUGGUGCCCGACGUGAGGAAGAAAGCUGCCAAAGCGACAAGCAGGGAAUUCUUCAAUCUUCUGGAACCGUUCAAGGAGAAAGCUGGAGAUGAAUCAGUGACGGACGAAAUUUUGAGAAAGCUUCAAGAGAGGAACAACAGACAGAUGAGACUGAGAGAACUCCUGCUCCAAAAUUCCCUUGACGCCUCUCUCAUUGUCAUGACGUUGCCGGUAGCAGCAAAGGGGACUGUGACGGCGCCGAUCUACAUGGCUUGGUUGGAGACCCUCACCAAGAACUUACCACCAUUUCUACUCAUCAGGGGGAACCAGACGUCCGUUCUCACCUUCUACUCCUAGCCUGUUCACUACCAGCGACAUUCCCUCCUCUCAAAAUGUUUUGACUAAGAAUCUGAUCUAUAAAGACCGCC